AUGGAUCGAAAAGUGAUUGCGAAUUCGUCGAUGGCUAGAUUAUUAUUGGGACGAACUUGUUUUGAACAAGGAGAAUAUGGAGAGUGUCGGACGAUUUUAGAUGAAUUGCAUAAGAGAAGGCCGUGGAGAGUUGAGGUAACUUUGAGGGUGAAAAUGGGUGAAAAAUGAAGGAUUUUAGGCGAAAAAUCAUGGAAAAAUUGAAAUUUUCAAGUUUUUAACCUGAAAUCCAUGGUUCCAAGGUAGAAAUCGAUUUUUUGAAAAUUGACCUGGAAAUGAUUAAAAUGAAGGUUUUUGAUGCUAAAAUCAUCAAAAAUGAUGGGGAUUUUGGUCUUCUGAAAAAAAAUCAGCUAAAAUUUAGAGUAACCUAAAAAUUUGAGAAAAAUCGAUAUUUUCACCCUAAGGGAACCAUUUUUAGGCUGAAAAUAUUGAUUUUUUUUUUCAUAAAAUGCUGAAAAUUUGGAAUUUCUAUCUGGAUUUUCCAAAUUUUCACCAGAAAUUGCUCUGAAAAUCGCCGAAUCUGAAAUUUCCCAUAAAAAUUGAUUGAAAAUCGAGGUUUUAUGGAAAAUUUCAAGAUUCCGCACAGGGGAACCUAUCGCCAAUUUUUUUCGAGCAAAGCGAGUGUAGACCGCAAGAUUCCGCGUAAACGGUACUAUCUUCCGCGCAGCGGCCACGUGGAUUACUAUGGUAUGGUAAACGUCAUAGAAAUCCGCGUGGGUGCUAAAGAGGAAGUUUCCGGUCUACACUCGCUCCGCUCGAAUUUUCACCAGAAAUUGCUCUGAAAAUCGCCGGAUCUGAAAUUUCCCAUAAAAAUUGAUUGAAAAUCGAGGUUUUAUGGAAAAUUUCAAGAUUCCGCACAGGGGAACCUAUCGCCAAUUUUUUUUCGAGUGUAAACCGCAAGCUUCCGCGAAGCGGCAAGUUAUCCUAUCUUCCCCAAAACCUUGCCCAUAAUCCCUAAUUUUGCAGGGAACCGAACUGCUCUCAACAUCAUUAUGGCAUUUACAAGAUACACAUGGUCUAUCAGCUUUGGCUCAAACUCUAACUUCUGAAAAUCGAGAACGAGCUGAAAGUUGGUGUGCAGCUGGUAAUUGUUUUUCCUCUCUCUCAAAGACAACAUUCUCAAGCAAUUGAAUGUAUGGAAAGAGCUAUACAAUUAGAUAAAAGAUUUGCGUAUGCUUAUACAUUAUUAGCACAUGAAUUGAUUGUACAAGAUGAGCUGGAUAAAGCUGCGGGAGCUUUUAAGUGAGUUUUCGGGAAAAUCCGAUUUUCCAUGAGAUUUUUCAUGAAAAAUGGACUUAGGAGGUUUUUUUCCACCCCGUGAUUAUCGUUUUUAGGUUCUGAAUGAGCUUUUCAUGAACAAAAAACUUGAUUUUUAGUCUAUGAAGACAUUUUUAUUUGAAAAAAAGUGAUUUUUAACUUCAAAGAAUAAGUAAAAUUCAAUUUUUUUUGCUCAAUAUUGUGAAAAAGUUUGAAAAUCUUAAGUUUUUGAUGAAAAAAUGGAUUUCCCCCGAAUUUUUCAUAAAAAAUCGAGCAAAUUUUCGCUCUUCCAAAAGAAAUUGCUCAAAAAAUUAUUUGAAAAAAGAGAAAAAUCGAUAUUUUCACCCUAGAGGAACCAUUUUUAGGCUGAAAAUAUUGAUUUUUAAAAAUAAAAUGCUGAAAAUUUGGAAUUUCUAUCUGGAUUUACCAAAUUUUCACCAGAAUUUGCUCUGAAACCCGCCGAAUCUGAAAUUUUCCAUAAAAUUGAUUGAAAAAUCGAGGUUUUAUGGAAAAUUUCCAGAUUCCUAAACAGGGAACCUAUCGCCAAUUUUUAUUGAAAAUUCGAGCUGGAGCGAGCUUCCAAAAUUUGAAUUAACAUGAGCAAUGUUUUCCAAAGAAAACAUCUAGAAUUUUCAAAGGAAAUCCAGAUUCAAAAAAAUGCAGUAAAAAAUUUUCAAAAACCCUUUUUCCUCUCUUGAAAAAUUCCGAUUUUUCUUUUCAAAAAUAAUUUUUUAAAAAGAAAAAUCGAUUUUUUACUGAAUAAAGACUGAAAAUGCAAGAUUUUCCAUAUCAUAUUUUGUCUGUUUCAGAUCAGCUCUCCUUCUAUCACCCCGUGAUUAUCGUGCUUGGUAUGGUUUGGGCUUGGUUCAUCUGAAAAAAGAGCAAAAUAGUGUGGCUCAAACGAAUAUCCAAAAAGCGAUAUCAAUAAAUCCAACAAAUCGAGCAAUGCUAUGCACAUUAUCAAAUUUGGAACAACAACGUGGAAAAUCUGAAAAAGCGCUGAAAUUAAUCGAUAAAGCGCUGGAAUUGAAUCCGACUGAUUUGGCGUGUCGAUUUAAUCGAGCAAGAUUAUUAUAUGAAGCGAAAAGGAAUGAUGAAUGUUUGGUUGAAUUGAAUCGAUUGAAAGCUAGUUCGCCUGAUGAAGCGGUGGUUUUCCAUUUGUUGGGUAAGGGAUUUUAGGGGAGAAAAUUUGGGUCAUUUUGAAUAUAAAUAUGAUAAGAUUCUGAAAAAUGUGAAUGUUUUGGAAUCUAGAAUUGAUGAAAAUCAAUAAUUUUUCAAAAAUUUGGGUCAUUUUGAACCUAAACAUGAUAGAGGAUAUAAAAAAUUGAAAAUUGUCGAUUUUCAAGCCUGAAUUUGGCUGAAAUUCUGAGAUCAUUGAAAUUCAGAAUUUUUUAAACCUAAAUUUCAUACGAAAAUUGUGAAUUUGCAAUUUUUGAACCUAAAUUUGGCUGAAAUUCGAAUUUUCUCAGGAAAUUUGAUAAAAUUUGAAAAUUUAUCGAUUUUUUGAAUCUAAAUAUGAUAAAAUUGGAGAUUUGUAGAAAUAAUUGAAAAUUUUCAUGAAAAAUUCGAAAUUUCAUAAUUCCGGCAAAAAAAAGAGAAAAUUCAGUUUUUCAAGCUUCCUAGUCAAUUUUGACCGAAAAAUUUGAUUUUCCAGCUUAGAAACCAUGCCGCAAAAUUGCAUAAAAUAUAAGCCACGCCUACUUUUUCAUAUUUAAAAUUAGUAGAAAAACUAUGCGGCAAAAUUGCAACAGGCUACGCCCCCUUUUCAACCUCUCCCAAAAAAUCAAUCAAUAUUCUAUAUCCCUUCCAAAUUCCUCUAUUUUUGCAGCCCGUGUUCAUCGCCGUAUGGGAAGUUCUCAUUUAUCCCUACUAAACUAUAGUUGGGCAGCUGAAUUGGAUCCGCGAAGUGAUCAGAAUUUGGGUGGAGGAUCAAAUGGUGGUGGAAAUGGAAGUGGAACUGGUGGAUCAGGUGCUGCAACAUCUUCGGGAAUCGGAAAUUUUGGAGGAUUGAGUCGAGAUGAUGAAGAUGAUGAAGAAUAUGACGAUGAUGAUGAUGAUGGUCAAUAUAGCGCGUAG